AUGGGUCUGGCUGUGCAGCUGCUUGGCGUGGACACCGCGACGCUUCUGUUGCCGCCGCUGCCAGUCGUUUGCUGGUCGGCGUUAGCACGCAGCUGCAUGGGAGAUUGGCGUGCAAUGCAGCGGCACGUCAAGGCUGUCUACAAGGAUGCCUUUGCGACCCAGCGCAGUCUCGACCGGCUUAUUGCUGAAGAGAGGUUUAGAGCGGCCGUACUGCGUCUGAGCUGGCUGGCCGGCGUCGAUGCAGAAGAGUUGCUGAUGCCAGAGUUAGCGAACUCUGUCUAUACCUGGGCUCACCUGGGCAAAGCUGCAAAUGCGCCCAAGCCGAGAAGAAGAUCGGAGCACGUGCAGCAGCUGGCCCGAGAAUUCGCGAACGGAGUGGCCACGACAGGGAUCCAGGAAGCCAUGCGCCUUGAGCUCAAAGCAGUCGAGGCUGCUAUCCGCAUUCGCCUGGCCCUGGGUGGAAGCCUCGAGGAGGUCGCACUGUUGAACAUGGUCCCGGCAGAUACACCAGGCAAGCUGGAUGGUCGAGCAUUGAUUGCUUGCACCCGGCCGCGUGGGCUGACGGAGGCCACUACCUUGAUGUGGGCCACGCGCCAAGGAGUUCGAUGGGUGCAAGCGAUUCUCCGUCUGGGCGCUAACGCCUCCAAGGUGACUCCAAGUGGCUGGUCUGCGCUUCUCUAUGGUGCAGCGUUCGAGUCCCGGAAGAUGACAGCAGAUGGGUCGUCAGAUUCAGGCGAUGCGAGCUACGGCGGCUACCGUCACCGAACGCGCGGCGUGGUCGGCCCUCUGAUCGACGCUGGGGCGGAUCCGAAUGCUCGCACCUUGCAGCUGAAGGCGUACCAGAGCGCCUUCUCCCCGUCACCAUUGGAAUGCCAGUGCAGGCUCUGUGAUGUGCGCCGCAAGCGAGAGGAGCAAUGCUUGGAGAACCAGCAGCAAGAGUCGAAAGGCGCGGAGGAGGCACGUGCUGCGAAGAAGCGCCGCUUGGAGGAAGAUGCCGAGGAAGCAGCCCGGUAUGAAGAGCGGGGCCUGGUCUUGCGCUUUGACGACGUUCCUGCGUCGGUGUCGUGGAGAGACUUAAAGGAAGGGCUCUCGCCGUAUGGCAGGGUGAGAUUCGUGCGCUUCUGCAAAGAGGAGGAGAAGCGCUUUGCGCUUGUGCAGAUGAAGGACGAGGAGGGCAUCUUCGCCAUCCUUGGCUGCGCCAAGGAGGAUUCCCGACGAGGGCUUCCUUUGCGUGCAGCGCCGGGCCUGGACAAUCUGAACUGUGAGCUUCUACUUGACGAUCUCGGGUACCGUCAGCCUUUUCGUGUCUCCAAGCUGGAACUCUUCCAGUCGUGGAAGCAACACGGCCGGUUCUGCUUCACUGCCCCGAAGGCAGAGGCAGGAGGCGAACGGCAUGUCCAGCUUUGCCGCUCUGAUGCAGAAAAAGCCGCCAGUGCAGACCCCGCCAUCUGUCUCACAGACGCGACCUGCUCCACGACCCCCGGCCCAGGUCCCGACUGGAUUUCCGUCCCCACCCAAGCCAGCAGAUACAAAGCCGCCUAUCCAACCGCAGCCCCAGCCCACCGUGUUCCUGUCAACGGAGCAACAAAGCCAGACGACUCCAGCUUCUACGCUAUUCUUGGAGUGGCCGAAGGUCAGCAAGCUCGCAAAUCGCAUCCAGACCUCUUCCGCACGGCAUCGCCCAAGGAGCAGGAGGCCGUGGCAGAGCGCUUCUCGCAGGUCAACAAGGCCUUUGACAUACUGAGUGAUCCCGCCAAGAAGCAAGCCUAUGAUUUGCGAGGUUUGGCUGGCCUCGCGGAGUUCGAGUUCGAUGGUGAGCGAAUCAUCAUGCCGCCACCAUGGCGAGUCCGUAUAGGCCACACCGGGCAUCAUUUCUGGAAGAGGAAGGAAUACUUCGUUGGGUUGAUGAUGGAGACAAUAGACAUCCCGGUUUCGGUGAUCGUGAAAGCUUACGACGAGGCCACGAAAGAUCCUCCAGGAGUUGGCCAGGCCAUCCUCGUGGACAGGUGUACAGAGGCCCGUGCGCUUGACAUCACAGAGGAGCUCGAAGAGUACGGGAUCAUGUGCUUGGCAGAGGAGGUUCCGGAUGAAGAGCUGAUGGACCCGGCCAUGCAUUGA